UUUCUGCAAUAACGGUAAACGGUACAUACGGCAGACAGACGUUUGUUUAGAUGGGUGAUGUGAGUCCACCAUGUAAUGUUCCAAUUUUAUCGGAUGUCUCCGAAGAGACGGACCACCAUGUAUUAAGCGAUCGAAAUGCAUCACUCACUGGUGUAACGGUUAAGCACUGACAAAAGUUGGGUCAGUUGAUCAAAGUAAACCCAGCAACGAUCGCCAGAUUUUGCGUUAGACGCUGUCUCUGUGUGUCCUCCUCUCCCGUUCUAUGCCGAAAAUUAUGGUAUUAAUUGGACCCUUUUUUUUGUAAAUGAUAUUAAUUGGACCAAUCACUCCUUAACUUCAUCUUUACCGCAAAAAAAUAAAAAGAAAUCACUCCUCAUUUCUUAACGUUAUUGGAGGGGGAACCCAGGAUUUGGCCCCAUGUCUCUCUCGACUGUUACUGAAAUCAUUUAUUACCCAAAAAAAAAUCCCCCAUGUCUCUCUCGAUGACUCAACUGUUAUUGGAAUCUUUUAUUACCAAAAAAAAUAGGACAAAUUACAAAGACACGCCCGUACUUUGUUCUGCAUUAAAUACCCUCCUAUACUAUGCUCAUCAUACAAAGACUCCUUAGUUUUUCAUUGAAAUUUUUUGGACAAUUGAGAGAAAAACAUUGUUCACCUUCCCUACCUAAUCUCACGAUACACAAACAAAAUACCACAGUAAUCCCUUCUACCUUGAACAGAUUCCUUUCACACUAGCGCACAUCGACAGCAGGAAGUACGAUGUGCUGCUGCUCCUGGGGAUCUUUCUUAGGCAGACACCCAACAGCUGCUCGCACAGACAGAGGGAAACCAUGAGAUUGAAGUCGUCCCGAUCAUCCAUUCCCAGGCCUUCACUGCCUGCAAUACAAGGUGGAGGAUGCCGUUCGAGGAGAGCGGCUCCAAGUCCAAUCUCUGCUAUUUGUUCGACGUCACCAGCGUCCAUGCUGGGGUCCUACACCGACUUCGACGCCGGCUCGAAGUAGUACAAAUGGCUGCAGUCCGACUUGGCCAAGGUCGAUAAGAGAGUCACGCCAUGGAUUAUGGUCUGCCUUCACGCGCCAUGGUAUAACACCAACACAGCCCAUCUGGGUGAAGGAGAGAACAUGAGGAAAGCAAGCGAUGGAGGAGUUGCUGUACCAGGCCCGAGUUGACAUUGUUUUCGCUGGACACGUUCAUGCCUACGAACGCUUUGCAAGUCAUUUCAUUUCUUUUGGAUACGAGUAUCCGACUGGAGACUGGUUCAUGCAGACUAGGGUUUAUAAUAACAAGGCCGAGCAAUGCGGUCCAGUUCAAGUAACGAUUGGUGAUGGCGGAAACAGAGAAGGGCUUGCUUUAACGUUUAAGAAACCCAGCUCUCCUUUAUCUCUGUUCCGAGAGGCGGGCUUCGGACAUGACCGGCUAAGGGUGUAUAACCGAACGCAUGCUCACUGGUCAUGGUACCGGAACGACGAUACUGACUCAACCGUCGGUGACCAGGUGUGGUUGGAAAACCUUGCUGCGUCUUCUAGAUGUGGGGUUUCUGUACAUUCUAGAUCUGGUGAUGAUGAACUAUAAAUAAACAAAAGAAUACUGAAUUUCUUUUUGGGAGGGAUUCAGAUAUGGGAUUAAUCAAUUUAUAUUCCUGACUUGGUUAGUUUGCAUAUAUCUAGAUGUGGCGAGUGACCAUUCUUUUUUUUUAACCUUUGUCUUAUUACUACCUUGGUUGUAGUGAAGUUACAGACAGAAGAAAGGGAAAGUGGAAGAACAGAUAGAGAGAAAUGUGAAAGAAUGUGAGAUACAAGGGAUUAUUGUCGCCGCUGUUCGUGUAUAGUGAGAUCGGAGAAAGAUGAAGAGUAUUUUUUCUCAAUUGUUCAAAUAGUAAUUAUAAAGAUAGUAUAGAGAUUAAAAAAUAUUAUAACGGCGAAUUUCAAUAAAAAGCUAACUGUCUCACGGUCUUAGUAAUA